AUGGAUGGCACAGGACACGGCAGAACCAGGGCGUCACUAAAUUUCGGCCCAUUACUGUGCGUUGUUUUGUUGUGCGUGGCUUUCGGUACACGGGUCACGGCACACCCCCGGGACCAUAGGGCGAGCGUGCAGCGUUCGGUGGAGGAUACCGAACUUGGACAGCUUCUGAGCAAUCUGGUCGAGACGAAUCGCGAUGGGGACGAUUACAGCCUUGAGGAGGACGAGUCGCCGGGUGUGGGGAGUUCCACGAGUAAUGGCAGUGUGGCAGCAGUACCAUCGUCCGCCACCAUCGGUAGGAGCCGUCCCAUGCACGACCGAGUACACAAACGCAGCCUCAGCAACCUCGAGAUACAACCGAUCAAUGACGAUAAAAAUUACACCGUGUACCAUGUAGGUGUGCUGAUGGCUUCGCAUCUCGACUCACCGUUUGACCUGGAACGCUGUGGGCCGGCUAUCGAUUUAGCGCUGGAUCUGGUCAACCAAAGUCUCAUGAAAAUACACAACGUUCGGCUGAGCAAGGUGCAGAGAAGUUACGCUACCUGCUCCGGUUCCAAAUCACCCGGGCUCGCGGCCGAUUUACACUUCAAGAAUAACGUGAUCGCCUUCAUCGGACCUGCCUGUGCCUUCGCGCUUGAGCCCGUCGCACAGCUAGCCGACUACUGGAACACACCCAUCAUCACCGGCAUGGGCGAUCAGCCACCCUCCGAGGGUGAACUCUCGGUGACAUCCGGCAUACUGGGUCGGCUGAGCAACAGGUGGAAAAACGAUAGCUCGGGCAUGUUCAAGGAUAAGUCCCGCUACCAAACGCUCACCCGCAUGUCGUACUGCCAGUGCCGCCUGAAGCUGGUGUUCUCGAGCAUCUUCCGACAGUUCGGGUGGCGCCAUAUCGCACUCAUCAUCGACCGUUCGGAUCUGUUUUCACUGACGGUAGGGAAAAACCUGGAGUACGGGCUGAAGGACGAGGAGCUGCUCAAGUUUGUACGGGAGUUGGACGGUAACGAGGAGGAGGACAUCGAUGCCUACCUGAAGGAUGCCAGCAUGUAUGCUCGUGUAAUAAUACUUUCCGUGCGGGGUUCCCUGGUGCGCAAAUUUAUGCUCUCGGCGCUUGCACUCGGCAUGACGCGGGGCGACUUCACGUUCCUCGAUGUGGAAAUCUUCCAAAGUUCCUACUGGGGUGACCAUUACUGGGAGCUGGGCGAUGAGGAUGACUUUAAGGCGCGCAAGUCGUACGAGGCGCUGCUACGCGUUUCGCUGCUGCAACCGACCAGCCCGACCUAUCAGUACUUUGCCGAGAAGGUACGAUCGUUGGCGAAAAGCGACUACAACUACACGUUCGUGGAGGAUGAAGAGGUUAACUUCUUCAUCGGAGCGUUCUUUGACGGUGUCUACCUGCUCGGUAUGGCGCUGAAUGAUACGCUGAAUGAGGGCGGUGAUAUACACGACGGUACGGCCAUUACGCGGAAGAUGUGGGGCCGCGACUUUGAGGGUAUCACGGGGCACGUGCGGAUUGAUGACAACGGCGAUCGUGAUGCUGACUAUUCCAUCCUCGACCUGGAUCCGAUUACCGGCCGGUUUGAGGUGGUGGCACACUACUACGGUAUCACACGCGAAUACUCCCCCGUCAAGGGCAAGAAGAUUCAUUGGCCGGGUGGUCGGGAAGGUCCACCGCCCGAUGUGCCCAAAUGUGGGUUCCUCGGUACAUCGCCCGCCUGCCAAGGGAAUGGCGACAUGAUUAUCCUUUAUGGGCUCGUUGGAUUCGGCAUAAUCUCCGCCUUUGCCGCAGCGGUCACGUAUAUACUGUGCAAACAAAUGAAACUUAAUAGCGAACUGAACAACAUGUCCUGGCGCGUCCGACCGGACGAGGUCCUGCUGGAGGUGGGCAAAAUGUUUGGCAGCAAAAUGGGACUGCAGAAGCUCAACUACGAGAACUUUUCACUUCAACAGUUCGGUUUGAACUCUGGACGUGUCUCGAUAGCAUCCGGCAACUCGCAACUACCCGCCCAACUUUUCACCACGAUCGGUAUCUACAAGGGUGAACGGGUCGCCAUUAAGAAGGUGGCCAAGAAGAAGGUCUACAUCACCUCCACGCUGCUCUGGGAGAUUAAGCAGGCCCGUGACGUUAGUCACGAAAACACGGUGCGCUUCGUGGGUGCCUGCAUCGAUUUACCCCGGCCAACCAUACUCAUCCUCACCGAGUACUGUCCCAAGGGUAGCCUGAAAGAUGUGCUCGAGAAUGAGGCGAUCCAGCUCGAUUGGAACUUUCGCAUGUCGCUGAUCCACGACGUCGUCAAGGGUAUGGCCUACCUGCACAACAGUGAUGUCGGUGUGCAUGGCAAGCUGCGCUCCUGCAACUGCCUCAUCGACGGUCGUUUUGUGCUGAAAAUUUCCGACUUUGGACUACGCACCCUGACCACCCCGUCGGAGUACGUGCGCGACCAGAACUACUAUAACAUGCUAAACUUUACAGAGCUGCUGUGGGUUGCGCCGGAACUGUUGCCCGCCACCGUCGUACCGGGUACGCCGGCCACACAGAAAGGUGACGUGUACUCGUUCGCCAUCAUCCUGGAGGAGAUUGUGGUGCGUGGUGGACCGUACGAAACGGCCCGCCAGUUCCUGGAUCCGCAAGCGAUUGUGGAGCGCGUGGCACUGCACGAGAGCCCCCCAUUUAGACCGUUUGUGGGCCAGCGCGACUGUCCGCCGGAUUUGCUGGAUCUGAUGGAGAAGUGCUGGUCGGACAGUCCGGACGAUCGGCCCACGUUUUCGGGCAUCCGGAGCAGCGUGCGGUUGAUCAUGAAAGGAUUCUGCGAGAAUCUCAUGGACGAUUUGCUCCGCCGCAUGGAACAGUACGCAAACAACUUGGAAAGCUUGGUGGAAGAAAAGACGGAACAGCUCAGCAUGGAAAAGCGACGCACGGAGGAGCUGCUCUACCAGGUCCUUCCACGUCCCGUCGCCCAGCAACUGUUGGCCGGCGAGAUGGUCCAGCCGGAACAGUUCGAGUGCGUCACGAUCUACUUUAGCGAUAUCGUGGGCUUCACGGCCCUCUGCGCCCAAAGCCGGCCGAUGGAGGUGGUGGACUUUCUGAACGAUCUUUACAGCACAUUCGAUCGCAUCAUCGGGUUCUACGAUGUGUACAAGGUGGAGACGAUCGGGGACGCGUACAUGGUGGUGUCGGGCUUGCCGGAACGAAACGGUCACGAUCAUGCGCGCGAAAUUGGGCUGAUGGCUUUGGCCAUUCUGGAUGCGGUCAAAUCCUUCACCAUUAAACACAAACCGGACUAUCAACUGAAGAUCCGCAUUGGCAUUCAUUCGGGACCGGUGUGUGCUGGGGUGGUGGGACAGAAGAUGCCACAUUACUGUCUGUUUGGGGAUACCGUGAACACGGCUUCGCGGAUGGAAUCGACCGGACAUCCACUUAAAAUUCACGUGUCAGAAGCUGCUAAACAAAUUCUGGACAAAUUUGGAACGUUUCGAACAGAGCUGAGAGGGGACGUCGAACUGAAGGGUAAAGGCAUCGUGACGACCUACUGGUUGCUGGAGUGCUCCGAACCGGAUCCCAGACCGCCAACGCCGAUGAGAAACUAUAACGAGAACGAAGUCCCAUUCCCGAUCCUGUUUCCAGCGAUCGGAAAGUAA